CAUUUUAGGAAAAUAAAAAAUGGGUCAUGGCUAACUUAGUAACUUCCCGUAGUAUGUUAGCAAGACCUCUAUCUAUAUAUAUAUAUAUAUAUUAAUGCGGCAAGACCUACGACUGAAGGAAAAUCCCUAAUCUUCAAUCAGAGAGUGUUUGGUUAGUGUUAGCGAUCGAACAGAACAAAGAUGGCAUCGUCCUUCUCCAGAUGGCUCGUCGAUCCGAAGAAGAACCCCCUCGCCGCUAUGCAUAUGAAAACCCUCUCCUCUCGCCUCCGUAAUUACGGGCUUAGAUAUGAUGAUUUAUAUGAUCCAAUGUAUGAUUUGGACGUGAAGGAGGCUCUUAAUCGCCUUCCGAGGGAGAUUGUUGAUGCCAGAAAUCAGCGCCUUCUGCGUGCCAUGGACCUGUCCAUGAAGCACCAGUACCUCCCAGAGGAUCUCCAGGCAAUGCAAACACCAUUUAGGAGCUAUCUUCAGGAAAUGCUGGCUCUGGUUAAAAGGGAGAGUGCAGAACGUGAGGCUUUGGGAGCUUUGCCUCUUUAUCAGCGUACACUUCCUUGAAGAAAUUUCACCUCCCUUUAAAUCUUUUCCAUAAAGAAUAACUACUGUACUGCUUGUAGAUCUCCGUGUCGGAGAUAAAAAUAACAGAAUGUUUUCUUCUAUGAUCCAACACUUCCAGUUAGUCAUCCUGUGGGCUGUCAUUUGUAAACCUAUAUUUUUUUCAUAUGGGGCGUACGUUCUCACCAUAGCUCCCAUAUUGUUCUGGUUGGAUUUGUUCGACAGGUUUUAUUGGUGUUCCCGUUAUA